AGAGUUGGCGGGAAAGCGGUGGUGGCGCAGCAUGGCGGCUGCGGCGUCCGAGUCGCUGUCCUCCGGUGGCCCCGGGGCCGUGCGGCUGCCGCGCUUGCCGCCACUCAAGGUACUGGCAGGACAGCUGCGGCGGCACGCAGAGGGUGGCCCGGGCGCGUGGCGGCUGUCGCGGGCGGCGGUGGGCCGCGCUCCGCUGGAGCUGGUGGCCGUGUGGAUGCAGGGUACCGUGCUGGCGGCGGAAGGCGGCCAGGCCCGGCUGCGCGACUCGAGCGGAGCCUUCUCUGUGCGCGGCCUGGAGCGCGUACCACGCGGCCGGCCCUGCCUCCUCCCAGGAAAGUAUGUGAUGGUGAUGGGGGUGGUUCAGGCCUGCAGUCCUGAGCCCUGCCUGCAGGCCGUGAAGAUGACGGAUCUUUCUGACAAUCCUGUCCACGAAAGCAUGUGGGAACUGGAGGUGGAAGAUUUACACAGGAAUAUUCCUUAGCGCUGGGACCCUCUAAGAACAGUUUACCCCCAUAUGGGUCUCAGGAACAUCACAAAAGUUUCUUGAAGAGAUUCGCUUUGGUUGAGCCAGCCGUCUGGACCCUGGGAACUGGAUCCUCGGUUGUCUAAGCCACUCCUCCCUGCCUUCCUGCUGCUGCUGCAAAGCAUAUGCCCCCCCCCCCCCCCGUCACUUACGUGUGUGUGUGUGUGUGUGUGUGUGUGUGUGUGUGUGUGUGUGUGCGCGUGCGCGCGCGCGAAAGUGUGCCUUUCUCUUGCUGAAGCUCGUGGAAAGCUCAUGUUGUCAUUUCCUGGUUCUUCGAAUGAUAACACUUUCUCCUUGACCAUACCUCUGAAUUUCAGUUUGUUGCCAAUGGAUUAAAAUUACAGAUGUGAGGACAGAAUGGCAUAGUGGCCUGCCUCCCAUCACCAGCUAUUGCCAACUUGUAGGGACAGGUACCAGCCCCUUGCUGACAGCUUGCUCUCAUAUGCAUUGUGCUCAUACUGAAGCUGAGGCCAGCUGUUGAGAAUGGUGGGAAUUCUCACAAUUCUCUGUUGAACUUAAAAAUCCAAGAUGGAGACAGACUUUUCAAGCACUUCUGCUUCAAAACUGUUGUGGAGAGACAUCCAAGGUGGAACAGCCUGUAGGCUUAGAGUCCUGGCCUCCUUUCUGUAUGAAACGCCUUUCUGUUGGGGUUGUAUCAGUGUUGGGUUUGGCUUUCUGCUGACAACCCAGGCUAGAUUCCUAUUUGGAUGGCAAAGACCCAGCAGGCCAUCUUAUGUUACAGUCUUGCUGUAGGACUCUUCCUAGUAACACUUUUUUUGUUUUGUUUUUUGUUGUUUUUCGAGACAGGGUUUCUCUGUAUAGCCCUGGCUGUCCUGGAAUUCACUUUUUAGACCAGGCUGGCCUCGAACUCAGAAAUCCGCCUGCCUCUGCCUCCCCAGUGCUGGGAUUAAAGGCGUGCGCCACCACACCCGGCCCUAGUAACAUUUUUUGUGUGGUGUAGUUUUUAAAAGUAAGCCCUACUAUCUGUUUGUCUUAAAGACAGGGUCUUAUAUAGCUCAGGUAGUCUCCAGCUCAUGACUCUCUUCCCUCCCCUCCAGCCCGUUGAGAUUACGGGUGUGCACUACUGUGUCUGCAGUGCUGGGGAUGGAACCCAGGGCUUCCUGCAAGCUAAGCAAACACUGUAUUACUGAGCCACAUUUCCAGCCUAAAAUGUUGAUUUAUUAAAACAGUUUUAGGUUUUUGGAAAGAAUGAACAGAAAGUGUUUCCAUAAGCACACUGAAGCUGAGGCUGUGUAUGUGUUAAGCAAACACAUGAGCUAGAGCCCCAGCUCUUGUGUCUUCAAGGCUAGCCAGAUGUGGCAGGCCUCCUGCUGCAGCCUCCAGAGUGUGGCCCACACCCCACACUCGGCCCCCACACCCAGCCUCACCUGGAUUGCCAUGAGCAUCAGGUGGUACUUGUCACCAGAAAAGCUAAGGAGUCACCUGGCAGGAGAUGGACAUCGAGGGACAAGAGAGGAUGAGGACUCAGGUGAUCUAGACCUGCCUCCUUCCUGCCCUCCACCCCCUAGAAAAAGCAUCGAGGCCUUGAGCCCAGUUUGUAGCUCAGGCCAACCUCAGAUUUCCCAUCUUCCUGCCUCUGGUUAACUGGGAUUGCAGGCCUGCUCCUCCAGCCUGCUUACAUGGACGCCUUAAAAAAAAGAUUUUAUCUUUAGUUAUGUGUUCGUGGGGUGCUUUGGAGCCCAAGAGAGAGUGUUGAUAAAUAAACUUUACCAGCCCCAUGCCAGGUAGCUCACAGCUUCAGUAACUCCCUGUAGUUCCUAGGCAUCUGACGCCGCCUUCUGGCCCCUGGAAAACCCUCACAACCUAGCAUAUAGACUUCAAAUAAAUACUUAAAAAAAAAUAAGUCCUAAAAAAUAAAGAGAGCCAGGUGGUGGUAGCGCACGCCUUUAAUCCCAGGGAGGCAGAAGCAGGCGGAUUUCUGAGUUCGAGGCCAGCCUGGUCUACAAAGUGAGUUCCAGGACAGCCAGGGCUACACAGAGAAACCCUGUCUCGAAAAACAAAUAAAUAAAUAAAUAAAUAAAUAGGGUUUAAGAAUAGUAGUAAUGAGGGCUGGUGAGAUGGCUCAGUGGGUAAGAGUACCCGACUGCUCUUCCAAAGGUCCGGAGUUCAAAUCCCAGCAACCACAUGGUGGCUCACAAACCAUCUGUAACAAGAUCUGACGCCCUCUUCUGGUGUGUCUGAAGACAGCUACAGUGUACUUACAUAUAAUAAAUAAAUCUUAAAAAAAAAAAAAAAAAAACAGUAGUAAUGAAUGGCACUGGGGUUGGACCACGGGGUCCCCAGGGUCUCACACACGCCAGAGUAGCACUCGACCAGCUAGCCUCCUCUGACCUUUAAACUGAUGGAUGUCUGUUGUGCUGGGAGGAUGGUGCCCUACAAUCCCACGUAAAGACUACCAGCUGAUUCAUCUUUCUGCAUGACUGCCUUCCUGCCAGCCAGCCAGCCAGCCAGCCAGCCAGCCAGCAGUAGUCAGUCUCUCUGGCCUUCCCUUCUUCCUUCCCUCCCCUCCUCACCCUGCCUUCCCCACCCUACCUUUUUAGGCAGUGUCUCUAGUUCAGACUGGCCUUGAACUUGGGCUUUCCUGGAACUCAUUAUGUAGAGCAGAUGAGUUUCUGCCUCCUGAGUGCUGUGUUAAAGGUGCUAACAUUUUCUUUUAAAGGAAGGCCAAGUUGAAAAGUGAUCUGUGUUUGACUGCUGAACCAUUCAUUUUUUAGGUCUAUUUUUAUUUGUGUGUGUGUGAGUCUAAAAGAGGACCUUGGAAUCUUGAGCUGGGGUUACAGCAGGUCUGAGCAUCCCUGUGUGGGUUCUGGGAACCAAACUCAGGUCCUCUGGAAGAGCAGCAAGUGCUCUUAAUUGCUGAGCCAUCUCUCCAGCUCCAAUGUACGUUGUUUGAGCCUCAGAAAAUUUGCCAAAAUAGUGCAGCUGUUUAUAUUUUUAUUUGCCUAUUUAUUUGCAUGGUCUCUGUAGCCAAGUUUGUCCUGGAACUCCUGAUCCUCCUGCCUCAGCUUCCUGAGUAUUGAGAUCACAGGUGUGCGCCAUUAAGCUUGGUUUAUGCAGUAUUGGGGCUCAAACCCAGGAUGUCUUAAAUUAUAGACAUACCAGGUUCCUAUCAUGAAUAUCUUACAUUAGUAUGGCAUGGAUGUUAAAAUUAAUUAACAAAUUAACUAAUGAACAAAUACUGAAAAGUUAGUAACC